AUGGGGCUGCGGCCGCCGCGGCGCGACCCCGCGCUGCUCCCGCUCCCGCUCCUGCUCCUGCUGCUGCCCGCCGGCGCCGGCGCCAAGUACGUCCGCGGCAACAUCAGCACCAAGGAGGACUGGGUGUUCCUGACCCGCUUCUGCUUUCUGUCCGACUACGGGCGCCUGGAUUUCCGGUUCAGAUACCCGGAGGCUAAGUGCUGCGAAAACAUCCUGCUCUACUUCGACGACCCCUCGCAAUGGCCUGCAGUCUACAAGAAGGGCAACAAGGACUGCCUGGCAAAGGAGUCGGUGAUCCGGCCAGAGAACAACCAGGUCAUCAACCUGACCACGGCCUAUGCCUGGUCAGGCUGCCAGGUGCUGCUACAGGACUCGGUGCGGUACCUGAGCUGCGCCAGCGGCCGCAGCUUCCGCUCCGUGCGUGAGCGCUGGUGGUACGUGGCCCUCAGCAAGUGUGGGCUUUCCCUUCCUCAUCUUCAUCGCUUCAUCUUCGUCCUCGUCGCCCUCCGGAUGGCCGUGCUCAUAUCCGUUGCGGCCCCGGCCCCGCAGGGCGACGGGCUGCAGCUGGAGUACGAGAUGGUGCUCACCAACGGGAAAUCCUUCUGGACCCGGCACUUCUCUGCUGACGAGUUCGGCAUUCUGGAGACGGACAUCACCUUCCUUCUCAUCUUCAUCCUCAUCUUCCUUGUCUCCUGCUACUUCGGCUACCUGCUGAAGGGCCGGCAGCUGCUGCACACCACCUACAAGAUGUUCAUGGCGGCGGGCGGCGUGGAGGUGCUCAGCCUGCUCCUCUGCUGCGGCUACUGGGGCCAGUACGCCUGCGACGGCGUGGGCAACACCAGCCUCAAGAUCCUGGCCAAGCUGCUGUUCUCCGUCAGCUUCCUCAUCUUCCUGCUGAUGCUGAUUCUGCUGGGAAAGGGCUUCACUGUCACGAGGGGCCGCAUCAGCCACACGGGCUCGGUGAAGCUCUCAGUCUACAUGACGCUCUACUCCAUCACCCACGUGGUGCUGCUCAUCUACGAGGCCGAGUUCUUUGACCCCGCACAGGUGCUGUACACCUACGAGUCGCCGGCCGGCUACGGGCUCAUCGCCCUGCAGUUCCUGGCCUACGUGUGGUUCUGCUACGCCAUCCUCAUCACCCUCAAGCAGUUCCCCGAGAAGCAGCCCUUCUACGUGCCCUUCUUCGCUGCCUACACGCUCUGGUUCUUUGCGGUGCCGGUGACGGCGCUGAUCGCCAACUUCGGGAUCCCCAAGUGGGCACGGGAGAAGAUCGUCAACGGGAUCCAGCUGGGAAUCCACCUCUACGCCCAUGCCGUCUUCCUGGUGAUGACGCGGCCCUCGGCAGCCAACAAGAACUUCCCCUACCACGUGCGGACCUCACAGAUCGGCAUCGUGGAGGAGGGGGCAGUGGGCGCCAAGUUCCCCCACCAUGUCUACGGCAACGUCACCUUCAUCAGCGACUCCGUGCCCAACUUCACCGAGCUCUUCUCCAUCCCCCACGGCCCUGGCGGUCCCGCCACCGCACGGAAGCAGAUAGAGGAGACACCGGCAGCAGCACGGGGCCCCCCCGACGGGCGCGUGGUGACGACAGCAGAGCCAGGCCCCCCCUCCCGGGCACCUCCCAAGGGUGUGGGGCUGGGGGGCGAGGGCCUGCGCCCCCCCUGCCAGCUGCAGGCACCCCAGGUGGCCGCCCCCAAUGGCUACACCGAGUAUUUCAGCAUGCACACAGCGGGGGGGCGGCACUUGUAGUCCCCUGCCACUGCGGGCCUGUGCCCUGCCCCACAGCUGUCACGGGGGGGCCCCAAGUCCUGUCCCAUGGGGUCCCUGAAUCCUGCCCCAUUGGGACCCCCAAGUCCUGCCCCAUGGGGCCCCAAGUCCUUUCUCAUGGGGUUCUCAGAUCCUGUCCCACAGGGCCCCCAAAUCCUGUCCCGCAGGGUCUUUGGAUCCUGUUCCAGUGGGACCCCCAGAUCCUGCCCCACAGGUCCCCAUGUCCUGUCCCACAGGGUCCCUGAAUCCUGCUUCAGUGGGACCUAAAAUCCUGCCCUGAGGGGCCCCCAACUCCUGUCACAUGGGGUCCUUGGAUCCUGCCCCAGUGGGACCCCAACUCCUGUCCAAUAGACUCCCUGAAUCCUGCCCCAGUGAGAUCCCAGAUCUUCCCCUUUGAGGCCCCCAGAUUCUGCCCCUUUGGGACCCCCAAGUCCUACCCCAUGAGGUCCUUGAAUCCUGCCCCCAGAGACCCCCAAGUCCUCCUCCACUGCGAUCCCCAAAUCCAGACCGAUGGGAUCUCCAGUGAUGCCCUGCUGGGACCCCAAAUCCUGCUGCAAGGGAUCUCUGAUUCCUGCCCCAUGGGACCUGCAAUUCCUGCCCAGUAGGACCCCAAAUCCUGCCCCAGUGGGAUCAUCUCUGCUCCCCAGGAAGCUCCCAGCCCUCAGGCAGGUGAAUGUGGGGCUCCCCAUUCCCCCCAUAUGGGGGAGAGGUUCAGCUCUCUUGUCCCCCCUUUCAUCCCCUCCACCCCAGGUUGCAAUAGGGCAAGGUCUGCCCCCUCCCCCCCCAUUUCUGAAGAGAAAGAUUUUGCCAAAAUAAAGAGGAUUCUCGUGUUUC